UAUCAUACAUUACAUAGAAUUAAUGAUGAAUUUAAAUAUAUAAAUACAUACGUACAUACAUACAUAUAUGUAAAAAUUUUACAUUGAUUAUACAUGAAGUCUUUCCUAUAAGAUUUGUUUGUCAAAACAAAAGCCAAUUGUAGGUCGUUUCUUAAACGUGGAACAAAAAUAUUGUGAAUAUAUCAAUAAUAAUUAUGGCUUCAACUUCUAAAAAAAAUGGUAGUUCCCGGCGAAAAGGUGCCUCUAAAAUUGAAUUAACAGAAGAUCAAAAAGCUGACAUAAAGGAAGCCUUUGAUCUAUUUGAUCCAGAUGGAACAGGCAAAAUAGCAACUAAAGAACUUAAGAUAGCAAUGAGAGCUCUUGGUUUUGAACCAAAGAAGGAAGAGUUAAAAAAGCUUGUAGCAGAUUUUGAUCCAGAUUGUCUUGGGAAAUUAUCAUUUGAGGAAUUUUUAAAUAUAAUGUCUGUAAAAAUGUUAGAGAAAGAUCCAAAAGAAGAAAUUUUGAGAGCAUUUCGCCUUUUUGAUGAUGAUGAAACUGGGAAAAUAUCUUUUAAAAAUUUAAAACGUGUAGCUAGAGAGUUAGGCGAAAAUCUAACGGAUGAAGAAUUACAAGAAAUGAUUGAUGAGGCUGAUAAAGAUGGUGAUGGAGAAAUUUCUCAAGAAGAAUUUAUGCGAAUUAUGCGAAAAACCUGCUUAUACAAAUAAAUGUAAUCAUUUA